GUUUGUUGAAUGAGAGUGUUAAAUGUUCUUUUUUUUUUUUUUUUUUUUUUUUUUUUUUUUUUUUUUUUAAGGGCGAGAGUAACAGUGGCAAUUCCUUUCUCUCUCCUCUCCGUUUCUCUCUCUCCUCUGUUUACGAAAACAAUGGCAAUGGCGAGCAUGAAGAAAAACGCAUUGGAAGAGGAAUGGAGGUCUUUCAUCAAAGAUAAAGAAGUUUCUCGAAGCGAUUUUCCUUCGGACUUCGUGUUUGGCGUCGCUACUGCCGCUUAUCAGGUUGAAGGAGCAAGCAAUGAGGGUGGUAGAGGUCCUUCCAUUUGGGAUGCAUUUUCUCAUACUGAGGGUAAAAUUUGCGAUGGAAGUAAUGGAGAUAUAUCAGUUGACCAGUAUCAUCGUUAUAAGGAAGACAUCGAUCUUAUAGCGAAGUUGGGGUUUAGCGCUUAUCGUUUUUCCAUCUCUUGGUCUCGUAUCUUUCCGGAUGGUUUGGGAACAAAAAUCAACGACGAAGGGAUCGCUUAUUACAACAAUGUCAUUAAUUACCUUCUCGAAAAGGGUAUCCAGCCUUUUGUAACUUUAUACCAUUGGGAUCUUCCUUUGAAUCUUCACGAGUCAAUGGGAGGGUGGUUAAAUGAGCAAAUCGUAAAAUACUUCGCCAUCUAUGCAGAAACUUGCUUUGCCAGGUUUGGAGAUAGAGUAAAGAAUUGGAUCACAAUUAAUGAGCCUCUUCAAACUGUGGUAAAUGGAUAUAUUACUGGAGUAUUUGCCCCUGGAAGACUAUAUUCAACGACAGAACCAUAUUUGGUUGCGCAUCACCAGCUCUUGGCCCAUGCAGAAGCUGUUUCCAUAUACCGAAACAAUUACAAGGAAAAGCAAAGAGGACAAAUAGGUUUGGUGGUAGAUUGUGAAUGGGCUGAGGCUAUAUCAGAUAAAAUGGAAGAUAAACUUGCUGCAGCAAGGCGUAUUGAUUUUCAACUUGGAUGGUACUUGGAUCCUAUAUUUUUUGGCAAUUAUCCUGAAACUAUGCGUGAAAGACUUGGAGAUUUGCUUCCAAAAUUCUCACAGAAAGAUGUAGAGUUGCUUAGGAACUCUGUAGACUUUGUUGGUCUGAAUCAUUAUAGCACAAGGUUUAUUGUCCAUGGAACAGUGAACUCAGCAGAGUUUGACGGUCUGAAUCCUUAUGAAGACAAUGAUUAUUACAGGGCACAAGAGAUGCAGACAAUUGCGGAAUGGGAAGGGGGGGAGGCGAUUGGUGAGAAGGCGGCGUCAUCAUGGCUGUACGUAGUACCUUGGGGAUUACGGAAUGCUCUUAAUUACAUAGCACAGAGAUACAACAAUCCUCCAAUAUAUGUUACUGAGAAUGGUAUGGAUGAUGAAGACAGUGAUACUUCCACACUCUCUGAGAUGUUAGACGACAAAUUGAGAGUUGUUUACUUUAAGGGAUACCUGGCUUCUGUUGCACAGGCAAUUAAGGAUGGAACGGAUGUGAGGGGUUACUUUGCAUGGUCUUUGUUGGACAAUUUUGAGUGGGCGCAUGGUUAUACCAAGCGUUUCGGUUUAAUCUUUGUGGACUACAAGAAUGGUCUUUCCCGGCACCUGAAAUCUUCUGCUUAUUGGUUCUUGCGGUUCUUGAAAGGUGGAGAAGGGGAGAAGGGCAAAGAAGAGUAAUCGACUUCCUUGGGGUAAGCCACGGACCAAACUUCUCGUUGAAACAAGUGAAGGAAACAAAUUUUGAGGUUGCAGGUGCUAAUUUGAAGCCACUGUAUUCUUUCUCAGAUCGAUCAACUUGAGUGCUGGCAUAAGUUUCUGUAAUGCUAGAAAACUCCUAUCUCGAGCAAUAAAUUGGUCUAGGGAUAUCAUAAUAAAAUUCUCUCUCAUUUUGAGUUUCAAUCUUUAAAAUUCUACUCUGAUUUCCUUUUUCUUGAUUCGCACGUCUUUCCGGAUGUGAUUG